GAUUGUCAUAGAUGGCAGUUAAAACAGUGUCCCUUUGCUGCGGACAGGAACUUCCAUUGCGUGAGAGAUCUAUAUAGAUCGCAAGUCCUUGCCGACACAGAUUGUACAUAUGUACGAUAUGAAUAAUAUGAAAGAAGUGCGGUAGCGGCAAGUGAACAUAGUCGCCGGAGGUGCGCGCAUCUUUAUUUAAAGCUCACUGACGUGUUGGUACAAUUGCGCGCGCAAUGAAUCAAGCACCAGUCUCGUGUAUUCCAGCCGGGAAGAUGUCGAAGACAAAGAAAGUGCUCGACGAAGCCCGCGAGAUCCAAAAUCCUGAGCUGGAUCUCGCUGACAAGGGUAUCUCGUCGUUCGAAGAGAUGUCCGGAUUACUUAAUAUGAUCAAUAUAACUAGAUUGACUUUAAGUCAUAAUAAGAUUCAAGCUGUACCACCAGGCCUUGCCAAUUUGGUCAAUCUAGAGAUUUUAAAUCUUUUUAACAAUCAUAUUACGGAGCUUCCCAUCUCCUUGUCACAGAUGCCAAAGCUAAGAAUCCUCAAUGUUGGAAUGAAUAGGUUGGAUGUGCUUCCAAGAGGAUUUGGUGCCUUUCCAGGGUUGGAGGUGCUGGACUUAACAUACAAUAAUCUGAGUGAGAAGAAUUUACCAGGAAAUUUUUUCAUGAUGGAAACAUUGAGAGCACUGUACUUGGCUGACAAUGACUUUGAGUAUCUACCAUCUGAAAUUGGAGGAUUAAAAAACUUACAAAUACUUGUAUUAAGGGAGAAUGAUUUAAUAGAAUUACCGAAGGAAAUUGGAGAAUUAACACGAUUGAGAGAACUGCAUAUUCAAGGAAACCGAUUGACAGUGUUGCCUCCAGAAAUAGGUAAUCUCGACUUAGUGAGCAAUAAAGCAGUAUUCAGAAUGGAAUUUAACCCGUGGGUGACACCAAUUGGUGAUCAACUUCAAGUGGGUAUAUCUCACGUCAUGGACUAUAUUCGAUCUGAAACUUAUAAAUACGUAUACAAUCGGCAUCAAGCCGCUAAAGGACCACCUCCGGCAAGUGAGAAUGACAAGAGUAAGAAAGUAUCGCGUGCCCGCUAAGUUGAAACCAAAAACAGUUUACACGUAACAUUUAAUUUUACACGAACUAGGUUAUUUAAUUUAUACACUGCCAGUAAUCUUGGUCAACUAAUAUCUCUGCAAUGAAAAUGGUGCCUUUGCUAAUGUACAAUUAACCCAGUAUAUUUUUAUCAUGCAUUUGAGGCCUUGAUUAAGUAUCAAAAAAUAAUAUAUACAAUAAGUUGUAUGUAUUCUAGACCAAUGUAAUAUAGUAUCGUAUUGUCUACGCUUGUUAAACAAUAUUUUUAUAAUGACUGGAUAGUAAAUAAUUUAUACAAUAUA